AUGACAACACCAGCAGACAAUGAGCAGGCAUGUAAUGCUCCAGAGAAAGGUCUCCCGGAGAGCAAUCCACAGACGCCCCGCGAGCCUUCCAACUUGCGAAAGCUCCUCAUUAUCGUCGCUGCCUUUAUGCUUAAUUUCUCCGGCUGUGGGCUCCUCUUCAGCUUUGGUAUAUACCAAUCUCUUUACGAGGAUAUGUCGCGAAAGGAGAAUAAUCCAUUCGCCGGUGCUUCGUCGGCCGAGAUUUCGUUGAUCGGGAGUAUAGCUGCAGCUUUCAUGAAACUUGGUGCACCAUAUGUCGUGGCAUGGUGCAAGUACUUCAGCCCCCAGCGAGUGGUCUUUGUGGGAGGGCUCAUAUACGGGGUUGCCAGUGUUCUUGCCAGUUUUGGUCAAGCCUUGUGGCAUUUCCAACUCACUCAAGGACUGUUGGUCGGUAUCGGUACCUGCCUUUCCUUUAUGCCAUCUAUGGCAGUCCCACCAAGCUGGUUCGGACAAUAUCGCGGACUGAACAUGGGCAUUAUUUCCGCUGGAACAGGUAUCGGGGGUCUCGUGUGGUCUCCAAUACUCACAGCAUGUAUUCAGAAUCUUGGGUUCCGGAAUACACUUCGUCUGACAGGCUGUAUUUGCACCGUUCUGAUUUGUGCAUCGGGCGCUGUUCUGAGCUGGGAGCCCAAGAUGGCUGCGAAGCUUCAGAAAGAGACCCUGGAACAGUCUUGGGUUUCUGGUCUUCUGAAGGUCCCUCUGCCUCCUCGGGAAAUCGUUACAACGCGCAAGUUCGUCGCCCAGAGCCUCAAUGCUGUUUUCCAAAGCGCGGCAUACUAUACGCCUAUUUUCUACAUUGCAGCCUAUUCCAAAACCCUUGGGUACAGUGACUCGGAGGGUUCGAAUUUCACCGCAUUGAGCAAUGCCUGCAAUGCUAUUGGGAAAGUCGGGGUUGGCUUCGUGGCAGACAAAAUAGGACGACUGGACUCAUUCUUUCUGACGACUCUUCUGAGCUCCGUGUCUACAGCAGGUUUAUGGGUUCCAAGCACUGUUAUCGGUACCGCGAACGAAUCAUCCGGAAGAGGUCUUUUUAUUGGAUUCACCAUCCUUUACGGCCUCUUUGCGAGCGCAUAUAUUGGCUUGUUCUCACCCGCCUUGGUUGAGUUCUUCGGAAUGGAAAAUAUGCCGCGAAUAACGGGGAUUAUGUACUUCCUGCAGGGGGCGGCAGGAUUUGUUGGAACGCCAGUCGCCGGUGUCCUAGUGGGAUCUCUAGGAGGAAAUCUGGCACCAGAAAACUAUGUAUAUAUGGCGGUCUUUGUGGGGGCAUUGAUGGUUGCAUCAACUGUAACCGUCUUCUGGGCUCGCAUGGAAGUCAUGGUAGAACGCAUGCAGGGCGGGACACAAUGGCUGUGGAAAUUGUAA